AUGAAACCGGAACAGAAGCCCAAGCUCAUUCGUUUGAUUGAAAAGGAAAGGAUUCACUUCCAUGGUCCGAGCGAAUGUCGCCCUGGGAACCAUGCGCAAGUCUUCAGUGCCAUUCGUGAAAUCAGCAGCUACAAAUUCGACCAAUAUGUCCACAACUUUACUUACGAGGCUCACCAGAAGCCAUGGCGAGCCAAGGUCAAGCAAAAAGUCGAACGUCUUGUCUGCCUUGUCGAGAAUUGUCGCCGUGCUGGACAAAAUGAGAUGGGUUGGAGACUGAAACUCGAACCUGAAAUUCUUGCUCGGUUCGGCACAGAAGUUACGUGCAAGCGGUGCUCGUCUAAAUUAUGGCGAUCAGAGGUCGAGGUCUCGACAAAUCCAUCCGACAACUUUGGGGAUAUACUCGAUCUCAAAACCAGGCAAGCAAACCGAAGACCUUGUUCCUGCAGCGAGAUGCAAAGAUGUCUUGACCGAGAUGACCCUGGAAUAUGUCGAAUAUUUCACGACAGGGCAGAUAAGGUGGUCAAGCAGUCGAAAAGCGAUCCGAUUUCCGAUAUAUUUCCGAAGGGGCAGAGGCCUGAUCGAGUAUAUGGCUUCCGCAAGACUAGCCGAUUUAGCCGCUUCCUUGAGGAAGAGAUUUCACACCCCCCUUUUGAGCGCCAGGAAUUACGAGACGUUGUGGAAUGCAGCCCAUUUAAUGACAUGAGAGAUGAAGUCCUCUUUCCUUUCUUAGUUGUUGAGGCAAAGAGCGAGACUGGGAACUCUUUUGACGACAUCGAGAUCCAAACCGCACAUGCGAUUAAGAAGCUUCUGGACAUACAACUCAAACUACGAUUACUAACUGGUGAAAGAAGUCAAUGGCAAUCAGGACCUCUGGUCUGGUUUCUCUCUAAUCGUGGAGAUGAUUGGCGGGUGGCAGCAGCCUAUGUGGAAAUACAAGACAAGAUAACCCAUUACCAUGUCUAUCACUUAUGGGGCGGCAGCAUACGAGCGAAAGACGCUGCGCUUCAGCUCCUGCUGAUCAUAGACUAUAUCUUUGACUGGGCUCGGGACUUUCAGCGUGAAGCUGUCUUAAAUGAGCUUCGAAUACUUACAGGCCGGGAGGCGGUCAGCAUUGCAGGCGAUAGUGAGAUUCCCUCUCUAGGGGACCCAAUGCGCCGCUUUUUCGAAGCAGAUUUGGAGCAGCGUCCGAUGGAAAACCGAAUAGAUUCCGAAAGUCUCUACCCGCAAGGCGCUGCGAUGUACCGAUGGCUCGACUCGGAGCAUUGCGUUUUUCGCAGUAUAUGCUGGGCUCAUGCUCGUAUUUCGGCGCUUUACAUUACAACAGAGAACUUGAAGACACUGUUACAAUCUCUUCCCACUGACACAGUGUCAAGAAAAUGCGCACGGGAUCUUUUGAGACUUUUUCGAGAAGCCUGGAAAGUUAGUCCAGAUGCUCUUGAAGCGCUUGAGUUUAUGUGGACAGGUACCCACCGAGAGGACCCUGAUCUCUAUGGGGCGCCACAGAGCUUUUGCGCAGUUUUCACUGUCGCGGCAUACUUCUUAUCGGAUUGGGAGCAAGUUACUGAAUUGACAUACAUCGCUAUCGCCGAGAAUGCUCUUAAUGACCUCAAAGAAUAUGUCGAUUUACAGCAGCCAAUCCAUGUGUACCCUUCGGAACUACCACAUGUCCAGCAAGAACAUUUACUUGGGUAUUUCCGACAUUUUCGGCACGGCUCUGCUAGGUCUAGACUUCAUGCCGCGAUGAGGCGACGUUGUUUGUCCAGUCGCCUUGCUCGCGAGCGUGAUUUCCCGGAUAGUUUCUUCCUUGUUGCAAAGGAGCCUUUUGAGCGGGGAGUGCGAUACCGCCUGGACGUAACAAUGUUGCCUGAUCAGAAAUCUAAGACACGACAGCUUGUUGCUGCGAUUUACAGUCAUUGCAAGAGGGGUAUGAGGGAGCCCGACGAGUCAUUCUUGAGGAUGUCGAGCACGUACGAUAGCACACCGUGGAGCUGUCAAGAUAUGCCCUCCGUUUGGGAGGUGGAUGACCUUCCCAUCCAUGAGGGAGCAUUAUGUGUUCUUCUAGGCUCAGACAAAGUAGCCAACAACGUGGAUACGAACCUUUGUGUCUAUGUGAUGGACGAUGUUCCGGGCCCACAAGCGUUCCGGCUAGGCUCAAACUUGUUGGGCUCGUACUUCGUGGUACAAACCAGUCAACGGAAAGGCCUUUCUGGCUCCCAAAUUGAGUGGAACGUUGAUUUUGUUGCAGAUCCGAUUCCAACCCUUUCGAUCAUGUCUCAACAGCUCCAGACGCAGUUUCGAGACCUUGGAAUUCUCCAGAAAUACCAGCGGAUGCCCAACACCAACACCAAAGUUGCACGUCACCCAACUUAUCACGCAACAAGAGAACUACCUCCCCACAUGCGAGACAACUUGAAGCACCCGCUAGGUCAUUGGGUAGUCACUUCAGAUCCUUCUGACACUUACGAUCAUGCACGAAAAUUGGCAGACUGUCUUGUCGCGAGGAAAUAUAAUGCUAAGCUCAUCAUAUGUCUCUUCGCCCAACCUAAGGUUGCUGGCCGAGCGGGAUUAUGGAGCGAGCAACGGCGAGAUAAGACAACUGACGAAGGGAUGGCUGAGCUGCAAGAAAAACUGCGGCAAGGUUGGAAGCCCAGUGCCGAGGACGUCGGCCCGGCCACCGUGAUCCACAGAGGUGAUGCCCUCCAUAUGCCACGCCGAUUUUUAAAGCGCAAGAGAGGCGUAGAGACUCAGGAAGACGACCGAAAGGUGGUGCUCGCUCGUGGUGACUGGCUCACUGACGCAGAGUUGGCCCUUAGUAUUGAUUCGGGAACUUUUGACAGCAGCAUGCUCCCAACGUACAGAACAACAGAAAGCGUGCGCAAACAUCCACGGACGGAUAGGCUAGAAGAGCCCCCCAGGGCGACCGAUACAGCAGCCGAAACAGGAGCGACGAUGGAGCGAACUGCUUCGAAGCGUAUCGUCAGCAAACUCAUGGAUUACUGCCCCGUCACCGAUGAGGAAUUCGAGGCUCUCCUAGAAGCCGGCUAUCUCCAAGGAGAUUAA